GUGUUCUUCUAGCUUCUAUGCAUUUUAAAGUUUUUACCUUUGGAGGAAAUUCACAUUCUCUCGUAAAACGAUUUUGCUUUAUUUUCCGUUCUCUUUCGAAUCUUCUAUUUCUCUGUGAUUCAAUGAUCUGAAAAAUCUAAAAAAGGAUAUGGAUUUAACUUUUUAUCUUGUUCAAACUCAUUUAUGAUCCCAAAUUUGUUCGUUUCAAAAGAUUUGUUACCUGCACAAGUUAAUUCCAUUGAUUUCUUGAAGAUACAGUAUCUCUUGCUAAAGAAGAUGGAUUCUGGUUGCAACUUUAGCUUGGGGACAAACACUGUCUUGUCCAAAGACAGUUUCAAGAAUGUGGAGAACAAAUUUUUGGGUCAGAAGAUCAAAGGAAGCGUCUUGAAACAAUUUUCUUCAGAUUUGAGUUCCAAGAAGUUCAGAAAUCGAAAAUUGAGGCCCGGUGUUGCUUACGCGAUUGCUACUUCAAAGAAUGCUAAAGAGGCAUUGAAACUACAGCCUUCGAUGUUUGAGAGAAGAAGAGCAGAUCCAAAAAAUGUGGCUGCAAUCAUUCUAGGAGGAGGCGAUGGAGCUAAACUCUUUCCUCUUACCAAGCGAGCAGCAACACCGGCUGUUCCUGUGGGUGGAUGCUAUAGGAUGAUCGAUAUCCCAAUGAGUAAUUGCAUUAACAGCUGCAUAAACAAGAUUUUCGUACUGACUCAGUUUAACUCGGCUUCCCUCAAUCGCCAUUUGGCUCGUACUUAUUUUGGAAAUGGCAUAAACUUUGGAGAUGGUUUUGUUGAGGUUCUGGCUGCUACACAAACUCCUGGUGAAGCCGGGAAAAAGUGGUUUCAAGGAACAGCAGAUGCUGUGAGAAAAUUUCUGUGGGUGUUUGAGGAUGCUAAGAACAGGAACAUUGAGAAUAUACUCAUCUUGUCUGGAGAUCACCUAUAUAGAAUGAACUAUAUGGACUUUGUUCAGUACCAUGUUGAUAGUAAAGCGGAUAUUACUCUUUCGUGCGCGCCAGUAGAUGAGAGCCGUGCAUCGGAUUAUGGACUGGUCAAUAUUGAUCGAAGCGGGCGUGUAGUUCAUUUCUCUGAGAAACCAACUGGCAUCGAUCUGAAAUCAAUGCAAACCGAUACUUCUAUGCUUGGACUGUCUCAUCAAGAAGCAGCGCAAUCUCCAUACAUUGCAUCAAUGGGAGUUUAUUGUUUCAAAACCGAAGCUUUACUGAAGCUUUUGACACAGCGGUAUCCGAGUUCCAAUGACUUUGGAUCUGAAAUUAUUCCUGCAGCUAUAAGAGAUCACAAUGUUCAAGGAUACAUCUACAGAGACUAUUGGGAAGAUAUCGGAACUAUAAAGAGUUUCUAUGAAGCUAAUCUUGCUCUUGUCGAAGAGCAUCCCAAGUUUGAGUUUUACGAUCAGAAUACGCCUUUCUACACUUCUCCUCGGUUUCUACCACCCACCAAAACCGAUAAAUGCCGGAUUGUAAAUUCGAUAAUCUCACACGGAUGUUUCUUGGGAGAAUGCAGCAUCCAACGUUCCAUCAUUGGUGAAAGGUCACGUCUUGACUAUGGUGUUGAGCUUCAGGAUACUCUUAUGUUAGGAGCAGAUAGUUACCAAACCGAAUCUGAGAUCGCGUCUCUGCUCGCGGAAGGAAAUGUUCCAAUUGGCAUUGGCCGAGAUACAAAGAUCAGGAAAUGCAUCAUUGACAAGAAUGCAAAGAUCGGGAAAAACGUGAUGAUCUUGAACAAAGAUGAUAUUAAGGAAGCUGAUAGACCAGAGGAAGGAUUCUACAUUCGAUCUGGAAUCACUGUGGUUGUCGAAAAGGCCACCAUUAAAGAUGGAAAGAAACUUGGGGAUGUCAAUUGUGUAGACAAGAUGGACGAAAGCGGAGGCGAUAGUGGUUCAGUAGCUACGCCUGUUCAACAGCGAGCACAUGAGGCAUGGAGGAUUUACCAACACUAUCUUGACAAGACUACACCUCAUGCAAAUUACAGGUGGAUUGGAACUCUUGUCGUCGCUCUUAUCUACUGUUUGAGGGUUUACUAUAUUCAGGGUUUCUACAUCAUCGCCUAUGGUCUUGGGAUCUACCUUCUCAAUCUGCUUAUCGGGUUCUUGUCCCCUCUUGUUGAUCCUGAGGCUGGUGGUGUCUCGGAUGGGCCUACUCUGCCUACUAGAGGUUCUGAUGAGUUCAAGCCUUUUAUUCGCCGUCUCCCCGAGUUCAAAUUCUGGUACUCCAUGACAAAGGCUUUUUGCAUAGCCUUCCUCAUGACAUUCUUCUCGGUGUUUGACGUUCCUGUGUUUUGGCCAAUUCUGCUGUGCUAUUGGAUCGUUCUCUUUGUUCUCACCAUGAGACGCCAGAUCGCCCACAUGAUCAAGUACAAGUACAUCCCUUUCAGCUUCGGCAAACAGAAAUAUGGUGGACGGAGCAGCAGCGGCUCACGUGCGGAUUGAUCUGACCAUUUAGCCACUUUUUUGUUUUUGCAAAAAAGAAAAAGAAAACUGUUAAGAAUAU